GGAUUCCAUGGCCAGACCAGACUUAUCACGGUCACUCCAGAUGCAAUCAUUCCAUCAGUAAAUGAACCGAUUGAGGCCAGUGGAGGAUCGAGAAGACGUAGGAGCGAUGUAUUCGACGCUCGUGGCCGACGUCAGUGUGUCACCUGGGAAACCAUGACGGAUGAGGAACGGGAGGAAGUUCAAAGAAUGAAAAGAAAGGAUGAGGCAUUCAAGACGGCUCUUUGUGAUGCUUUCAAGAAGUUCGGCUUCUGCCCAUAUGGGGAUGCAUGUCGCUUUGCACAUGGCGACAGUGAACUCCGACUUCCUGCUCAGCCUCGAGGUAAAGCCCAUCCCAAGUACAAAACACAACUCUGCGACAAAUUCUCCACAUUCGGACACUGUCCAUAUGGGCCUCGUUGUCAAUUUAUUCACAAACUAAAGAAGGGACUACCGCUCAUCCAGUACGAGCGACUUUUAGCUGCAGGUCAGAUUUCGCCUGAGAGGGAAGACGAGACUCGCUUGCCACUGUCAUCGCAGGCCGCUCGUCGUUCCACAGGUGUCAGUCCAUCCAGGUACCUUCAACGAUUCAACGCC